CGUCCUAGUCGCCGGCCUUGAUAUGAAGUUUCGUGAUGUUCCGUUACAUGAAGCGAGCUUUGGCCGGCGUGUGGAGUUUUCGUGGUGUUUGCGUGUUGUGCGCUCUUGCCGCCGUGGUGGUUAACGGCACGCACCAUUCGUACAUCAUGGAACGGUGCACGGAUACUUCAAGACCGACCGAGUUCCGCAAGAUUCUUCGAGGUUCCGAAAAACUAAAGGACGGAAACGUUUUCGGAGUAUUCGAGAAAGCAAGAACUGAUGCGUUUGCCCAAGGAGGGGUUAACAGCUGUAGAAUCAGCGCUCUGCGAAGUCUCGAUCCGCAACUCAAGUGGACCAGCUUUCUACACUGCUCCCAGUGCUUCUUCUCGGUGCGUGAAUAUGCUAUGUACUUACGGCUGAAGAAGUAGUUUGUGUGUUUAUAUAUUGUCUCUGUUAUUGCCUAUG